UUAGAGUCCUUCAACACGAAGCCCUUCUUAUAGAGCCUUCUACACACACAUAACUCUUAACACAACGCACUAAAAUCACAAUAGUAAUAUCUCUCUGUGUUUUCUUCUCUCUAAAGGUUUCGACAUGAAAGGAGGUAGAUCAAAGGCUAAAGCUGAUACUAAGCUUGGAGUCAGGAAGAAGGCUACUGAGAGUAAGAAAGCGAAGAACGCUGCAAAGGAUCCUAACAAACCUAAGAGGCCUCCAAGUGCUUUCUUCGUUUUCAUGGAGGAGUUCAGGAAAACUUACAAGGAAAAACAUCCAGGAAACAAAUCUGUUGCUGUUGUUGGUAAAGCUGGUGGAGACAAGUGGAAACAAUUAACAGAUGCUGAGAAAGCACCUUACCAAGCUAAGGCUGAGAAAAGAAAGGCUGAAUACCAAAAGAACAUGGAUGCCUAUAACAAAAAGCUGGCUGGUGGUGAUGCGGAUGAUGACGAAUCUGAUAAGUCAAAGUCUGAGGUACAUGAUGAUGACGAGGAUGAUGAUGGAAGCGAAGAGGAGGAUGAUGAUUAAACAAUUAAUAGCUGUUGAAAUGCAGAAAAUGAUGACUGAAGUUCAUGUAGGAAAUGCUAUCAGUCCUUCCCUUGAUAAAUAGAUGCCCUCUUUUAUGUUCUUUUGUUUUUGUUUUUUGUUUUUGGGGGUUUAGUUUGGGACAGGAAAAGGAAAAUCAGAUUAGCUGCCUUGAACACUCUUAAGUGGGUUUAUGUAAUUUGUAGUUUGGUGCUAUUUAAUGAAAAUUCAGCCUAGGGAUUUCCCUUUGUUUCUAGUA